AUGCAAUCUGCACCACUAAACUCGUCAUCUCUCAAAAGUAUUAACUGUACUUCAUUCACCCGUCCUUAUUAUGGAUCAAAUCCAAGCGCUUUAUGUAAACCACAGGUAAGCCUCAAACUCCGAUCAGGUUCACGAGCUGCGGUUCGUGCGGUGGACGACAUCUCGGCGGCCAUUACUUCAUCUCAGCCACAAAUCACUUGGCAAAUCGUGCUCGGCGCUCUUGCGGGGGUGUCUCCUUUUGUGGUGGCUGGAAUUGAGUUCAGCAAGAGAAUUAUUGAACAAAAGAAGUGUAAGGUGUGUAAUGGGUCGGGGCUUGUAUUGAGGGAUGACAAGUACUAUUUCCGAUGCCCUGCCUGCGGUGGUUUUUUACCAUGGCAGUCGUGGAGAAGAUUCUUUACUGGUUAG